CUCAUCCUUGAUUCCAUCUCCGCAAUGGAUGACGAAGAUGAGGCUGAUCCAUUUUAAGCGUUGACGAUUGAUUUAUAGAUCGCGAUUCUGUAGCUGAUGAGUCGGUUUAACCUCCCGCAAACCGCGGCCGCCAGCAGUACGCAGGGACAGAGUGUCCAGGAGAAGAAAUAAAGAAGGCUUGGAUCGAUCGGGGAGAGGAGGGAGCGAGGAAGCGGCGGGCGGCGUUGAGAAGAAAAAAAAGCCUGGAUUUUGGAUUGCCUUUGGCGAUCCGUCUGACUUUUUACUGAUGGAUUCCAUGUCGUCCGCCCGUUUGUGUACGCCAUUGAUCACGUCGACAGCAGCAACAGCCUCGCAAGCUUCGACGCGCCGCCUCUUCUCCACCUCGCGCUUCCACCUCGGCCGCCAGCGCUCGCCUCCCCCGUGCCGCGCCUCGCUCCCGAUGACUACGUUCUGCACGGCGGCGGCGGAUCCCGGAUCGGCGGCGUCGCGGUUGCUCUCAGUCGGGCUCCCCUGGCACGCGGAGUUCAUGCCGCGACUCCCGUCUGGAAACGGCCGGAUCUCCCGCCUCAGCGCUGUCGUCCUAGGGGAGGCGCUAGCCGCCGAGGAGAACGAUCUCAUCUUCCCGUCCCCUGAGUUCUCUCGAGACGCCCUUGUCUCCUCCCCCGAACAGUAUCGCAAAAUGUAUAAGAGAUCUAUCGAAGAUCCUGCUGGAUUUUGGUCGGAGAUCGCUGCGCAGUUUUACUGGAAGAAGAGGUGGAGUCCGGACGUAUACAGCGAGAAUAUUGACGUGAGGAAGGGACCGGUUAAGAUUGAGUGGUUCAAAGGGGGCAUUACGAACAUCUGUUACAAUGCCCUGGAUCGGAACAUAGAGGCAGGGAACGGCGAUAAGGUGGCUCUGUAUUGGGAAGGCAAUGAGCCAGGCCAAGAUGGGCAACUUACAUAUGCCCAAUUACUGGAUCAGGUUUGCCAGUUGGCCAACUACCUAAAGCAUGUCGGCGUCAGCAAAGGGGAUGCAGUUGUCAUUUACCUGCCCAUGUUGAUGGAGUUGCCAAUUGCAAUGUUGGCAUGUGCUCGCAUCGGCGCAGUUCACUCGGUUGUAUUUGCUGGCUUCUCUGCUGAAUCUCUUGCACAGAGAUUUAUUGACUGCAAACCAAAAGUCGUAAUAUGCAGCAAUGCAGUGAGUAGAGGAGCCAAAGUGAUAAAUCUGAAGGCGAUAGUUGAUAAUGCUUUGGCUGAAUCUGCCAAUAACGGAAUUGCAGUUGACUUAUGCUUGGUUUAUGAAAACCAGUCAACCAUGAAAAAAGAAGAUACCAAAUGGCAGGAUGGAAGGGACAUCUUGUGGCAGGAAGUGGUUCCACAAUUUCCAACGAAGUGUCCGGUGGAAUGGGUUGAUGCAGAAGAUCCACUAUUUCUCUUGUACACGAGCGGUAGCACUGGAAAGCCAAAGGGUGUUUUGCACACAACUGGGGGAUAUAUGGUAUACACUGCAACAACAUUUAAGUAUGCAUUCGAUUAUAAGCCAUCAGAUGUCUACUGGUGUACUGCUGACUGUGGUUGGAUAACUGGACAUAGCUAUGUUACAUACGGCCCUCUUUUGAAUGGAGCUACUGUUUUAGUCUUUGAAGGGGCUCCAAGUUACCCUGAUCCUGGUCGGUGCUGGGAUAUCGUUGACAAGUACAAGGUCACAUUAUUUUACACGGCGCCUACACUGGUGCGAGCACUCAUGCGUGAGGGUGAUGAGUAUGUUACUCGAUAUUCUCGUAAAUCUCUCCGUGUUCUAGGAAGUGUGGGAGAGCCUAUUAACCCAUCUGCUUGGAGAUGGUUCUACAAUGUAGUUGGGGAUUCUCGAUGCCCUAUAUCAGAUACUUGGUGGCAAACUGAGACCGGUGGCUUCUUGAUCACACCUAUACCGGGUGCCUGGCCACAGAAACCAGGUUCUGCUACAUUUCCAUUCUUCGGUGUUCAGCCGGUCAUAGUUGAUGAGAAAGGAAAUGAAUUAGAAGGUGAAUGCAGUGGGUAUCUUUGCAUCAAAAAUUCAUGGCCUGGGAUAUUCCGUUCGCUUUACGGUGACCAUGAACGAUACGAGACCACAUAUUUCAAACCAUUUGCUGGUUAUUAUUUCAGUGGUGAUGGCUGCCGCAGGGACAAGGAUGGAUAUCAUUGGCUCACUGGUAGAGUUGAUGAUGUUAUCAAUGUCAGUGGACAUCGUAUUGGUACUGCAGAAAUAGAAUCUGCCCUUGUUUCUCAUCCUCACUGUGCAGAAUCAGCCGUCGUUGGUGUCGACCAUCCGGUGAAAGGACAAGGCAUAUAUGCUUUUGUCACUCUGGUGGAUGGAGUGGAUUACACAGAUGAAGUUCGUAAAAGCCUCAUUUUGGCAGUCAGAACUCAGAUUGGUGCAUUUGCUGCCCCAGACAAGAUUCAUUGGGCACCGGGUCUCCCCAAAACUAGGAGUGGAAAGAUCAUGCGGCGGAUCCUACGAAAAAUUGCUUCCAAACAGCUUGAUGAGCUUGGGGACAUUAGCACCCUUGCCGAACCAAGCGUCGUGAACCAGUUAAUCGAGUUCACUGACCGUUAGCAUGAACACUUGUCUCCUCCCAUAAACAUUUUAUUUUUUGAGAAUCACACAAGAUUAAACACUUCUGAACUAGUUUUCUAGCUCCUAGUCAGAGUUUAAAUAUCACCAGUUGAAUAAUAGCAGAUCGGAUAGUGUUCAUGGUUUUUGUCCCCAAUGUAGUCUGAAUCCUUUGUACUACGGACCUGAGAAAGUUGUUACACUUGCAUUAGAACAACAUGAUGAUAAUAAAUUGAUGAGCUUGUGGA